AUGGCUUCCCUCGGUCAAACUAAUGAAAUUCCUCAUCAGACCCCUUUGAAACUGGUUGUAGUUGGUGGGAAUGUUACUCUGCAUUGUCCAGUUCCAAAGACGGGGCGCACCUUCUUCUACUGGUACAAGCAGCCGCUUGGACAUAUGCUCCAGACAGUUGCUUCAGGAAGCUUGACUGAACAAAAACUGAGUGAACAAUUUAACAACAGUCGCUUUAAUUUAACAGCGGAGGAUUCUCAGUGCUCUCUUACUAUCAAGAAUAUCAGUAAAGAGGAUGAAGCAACAUAUUUCUGUCAAAGUGGGACUGCAUAUGUAAAGCGUUUUGCUGCAGGGAUUUACUUGGCUGUAAACGAUCAUGACAGUCGAACACUGACUCAUGUCAGACAAACUCCUGAGACAACAUCAGUCCAGGAAGGGGACACAGUUAAUCUCCACUGUUCUCUUCUCUCCAAGACUUCUGUAAACUCUGGUCAAUGUCCAGCUAAAAACAAUGUGUACUGGUUCAGAGUCGGAUUCGGAGCCUCCCAUUCAAGCUUUAUUUACACUAACAAAAACAGCAGUGAUGCUCAGCAGAGGAGCUGUGUCUACCAACUGUCAAAAACUAUACAGAACUCCGCAGAUACUGGAAUAUAUUACUGUGCUGUGGUCACAUGUGGGAAGAUCUUGUUUGGAGAAGGAACUAAAGUAGAAACAUGUAAGUCAAAUAAAUUCUAUUUAUUUUUAAAAAUUACUGUUUUUAUAGUGAGACUACAUAACUUGUAUGUUGUGCACAAAUUAUUGAUAAACAGCUAA